GUACGGCCGCCGUCCAAAAAAUACUUGCCCCAUGUACUUGUUCUGUCUGGAUGGAUACCGGACGCUUUUAGCUAUCUCAUGUCUUCUCCUCCUACCCAUCCCCAUCAAUCCUACCGUUAAUGCUUCACCUUCCCUCUCCUUCUCAAACACUCCCGAUUCUCACAAAACAGACAUACUCACUAGUUCCAUUUUCCUUCUUCGCCUACUUCCUGCUUCUUCCACUCUCUCACGAUCCACUGCGAAUCCUUUUCUCGACACCCUCCGUCACAUUCGCCUGAUAUCCCCUCCAAAUCAAAGAGAUAUCCAUAUCGCUGCACGACAUCAAUCGCCUGCCGCCGUACGAACAUCGUCGCCGACUUCAUUCCUCGUGCCCACAACACAACACAACACAGCUAUUCCGACACGGGUCACCAUCUCGCUACCACGUUCUCUCAUAGCUAGUUUCCUUGUCCUACCAAACACCAACUUCGAGAGACCUUCCACAGUAUUGACGAAUUCAACCACCAAACCACGCCCCAUACCGUUUGUUUCCUUCGAUCAGCAUUCCCCUCCCGAAUUCGAAUCUGUAAAGACGUCACGUCGCCAGUCUCCGAAGCCACGAGCCAAAGGAACCCGUUUGUACCGCAUCGUAUACUCGACCGUAUUGGAUAACCGUCGAACGUGUGGCUUGAUUGCAUUCCGCACACAUCUCUCAGAACACACUACCACUGGUCUACCUUGGGGCUUCGCUGCACUCUUACUGUUGACUGACUGUCGUCUGCGACAUUCUGCAAGCAGCAUCUUGCACACUCAUUGCCGAUUGCGACGAGUCAAUUCCAUUCCCGUCACCAAGACACUUCUAGCGUCUCCAAUCUUGUCUUAGUGCAAGCCUCCUCCCAAAGCCUGACUGGACAUAGCGCCCUUAUCUACAACGCUCUGGGCUAUAUACCUACCGUGGGCCCCGUCCUUUCCCAGCUUUCUACGACCUAAGCUGUGCUUGCUCUUUUGGACUCAACACUACAACAACAAGCAUUUUACACCACAUCGAUAAUCUUCACUCGAUCAACGAAUAGCGCUACUCAACUUGCCGUACCCACUUGUGCAACAAAAAGUAGGAUUUGUUCACUUCAUCGAGACU